AUGAUCAUUACACACAUGAAACCUUAUUUGUCUCUCUUUAUAUUGGUUCUGUUCCUUCUGCAAUGCACUGAUGCCAACUUUAGGUUGUGUGGCUUUAAGUUAACUACAACGUUACAGCACGUUUGCAAACAUCAAGUAUGUGGCGGUUAUCAGGUGCAAACGCAGAAACGUAAGUGUUAAAAAUUUUGUAUUAGCGUGACUUGUAAGAGAAAAAACUUUUUUAAGUUUAUUUCCGGAUGAUUCAAUGUAUUAGCUUCACUUCUUAUUUUUGUACGGUAAUUUAAAAUAGAACUUACUUUAAUCUUUAAAUUUAAAACUUUAGGUGCCCUUAGCGACUACAACAACCCGUUUUUUCGAUACCAGAUUAUGGGAUAUAAACGUCGCAUUCCGCAAAAAAGAGCUGGCGUUGCUACCGAGUGCUGUCAAAAACGUUGCUCACUGGCGUAUCUGCGGACAUACUGUUGUGCUGGUUUUGAGUGA